CAAUAUCAACAGCAGAUACACUAUCUGUAAGAUAACGCUGAUAAAGCCAUGCAACUGUACUUUUUGCAGUUUGAGGAAAUCAGUUCAGAACCAGACAGGUGAACAAAGCAAGAACAAAGAACAUGAAUAUUACCGAGCGAGAUGCCACGUCAUUUAAGCCAAAAGUUGCAGAAAAUGUCCGAAGACAGAGUCAAGUAAGGACAACAAUUGCGAAAGAAACACCCACCGAGCAAUUUAUCGAACCACGUCGCUUCAACUUGGAUGAAUUCGAAUAUGAGCGUGCAGGCACCGAUCCAGGGCGAAUUGUGAUUUUCAAUCAGGAAAUAUUUGGAAACUUGAAAAUUUGCAACGAUGCGACUGGAAAAGUGGAAGAUCACAGGCUGGAAACCCGCAGCGGAUCGCGCCAGGAUGUGAUCGCUAUCAUUAACACCUUCCAAAGAAUGGGCUUCAACAUCAGGGCGAAUGAUGUUCUUUCAAACGGCACUGUUGAAGACGUCCUCGCCAAAUUAGAUGAAGUUCUCCGAGACAAAGAGUCCCUGGCAGAAACCAACAGCUUGUUCAUUUUCUUCCUCACCCAUGGGUUGGCCGGGGACGAAUUGUACGCUAGGGAUGGUAUCUUGCAGUGCAGGAAAAUCUGGACGAAAUUCAUCGACUGCAACGAGUUAAAGGGCAAACCGAAAAUGUUCAUUUUCCAG